AUGCCAGAUUUCAUAUUAACCAUCGAUAGUGACGAAGAAGUGGAUGUAUCCGACUCCGAACAACUCCAGGACAUCAACCCUGACUUUAAAUUUCAAAUAGAUGGUGAAACUACCAACACAUUAGAGGAAUUUGAUUUCCAAGAAAAUAAAGUCAAAGAAGUCGAUUUAGAUGAAAUUAUUAAAAAAAAGGGCGGAUUAAAAGAAGAAAGUGAUGAUGAAGAAUUAGCUCUUGAUGGGUUUGGAAUGGGCGCAAGCAAACAAGAAGAAGAAGAGGAAGAAGAGGAAGAAGAAGUAGAAGUGCCGGAAGUCAAAGAGGUAGUAGAGCCAGAGGACUCAGCUGAAGCUAUUGCAGACUUCUACGAAGAAUCUUCCCCACAACAAACUCACACUUCUUUCCAGACCUUACAGUUGUCACGUCCAGUAUUAAAAGGUAUUGCCGAGCUCAAAUUCACUAAACCAACCCCUAUUCAAUCUGCAAGUAUCCCCAUUGCGUUACUCGGAAAAGAUAUUGUUGCUGGUGCUCAAACCGGGUCUGGUAAAACCGGUGCUUACAUGAUCCCAAUUAUUGAAAGAUUGUUAUACAAACCCUCAACUUCCACCAAAGUCAUCAUCUUGACCCCUACAAGAGAGUUGGCGUUACAAGUUUACGAGUUUGGCAAAAAGCUUUCGCACCACGUCAACAACCUCAACAUCGGUUUGGCGGUCGGUGGGUUGAAUUUACGUCAACAAGAAGAACAAUUGAAAACACGCCCAGAUAUCGUCAUCGCAACACCAGGUAGACUUAUUGACCAUAUUCGUAACAGUCCCUCAUUCAGUGUACAGGAUAUCCAAGUAUUAGUCAUUGAUGAAGCCGAUAGAAUGUUGGAAGAAGGGUUCCAAGACGAAUUGACAGAAAUUUUGUCGUUAAUCCCAAAACACAAACGUCAAACUCUUUUAUUCUCAGCCACAAUGAAUACCAGAAUCCAGGAUUUGAUCCAAUUGUCAUUACAAAAACCAGUGCGUAUCAUGAUUGACCCACCAAAAUCAGUGGCUUCAAAGUUAUUGCAGCAGUUUGUUCGUAUCAGAAAAAGAGACCAGCUAAAACCAGCAUUGUUAUACCAGUUAUUAAAAGGUGUGUCCAGCAGAGUGGUUGUUUUCGUUGCACGAAAGGAAACAGCUCACCGAUUACGUAUUGUGCUUGGACUUUUGGGUCUAAAAGUAUCUGAACUACAUGGUGCAUUAACACAAGAACAAAGAUUGCAGAAUGUCAAAAACUUCAAGUCGUUGGAAGUACCAGUUUUGAUAUGUACCGACUUGGCAGCAAGAGGGUUGGAUAUCCCCAAAAUCGAAUUGGUCAUUAAUUACGAUAUGCCAAAAACAUUUGAAAUCUAUUUGCAUAGAGUGGGAAGGACUGCCAGAGCUGGAAGAGACGGGACAUCUAUCACAUUUGUUGGAGAAUCAAGCCAAGAAAGAGCUAUUGUCAAAUCUGCCAUCGUCAACGGCAAAGGUGUAGCCAAAACUGUCGACUGGAAACAAGCGGAAGAAACAAAUAAACUUCUCGAAUCCAAGGAAUCUGUAAUAGAUGAAGUGUUAGAGGAAGAAAAAGAGGCAAAGGAGUUGCUUCGUGCCGAAAUGGAACUCACCAAGGCAUCCAACCUUAUCAAACACGAACAAGAAAUACAUUCACGUCCAAAAAGAACUUGGUUUAAAGGUGAAGUCAUGGAACAGCUCACUAAACAUGGUAAGAAAGUGAACUCCAAAAAGAGAAAGGCCAAUGAAGUGAGGAAAGAUGAAGGCAGAAGCUACAAAAAAACUAAAACCGAUAGAAUGAAAAUCUCUAACAAGAAAAAAAGUAAAAAGUGA